AUGGCUCUCACAAUGGACAUUUUAAUCAUUUUGGAAAAUUUGGUUAUGGAAAUUUUGAAGAGAAUUGUAUCCAUUGCCUAUUCAUCUGCUAACUCAUCCCAAAACGUCAUCAAAUUGGAUAACAAGUGGAUCAAUGCUUGGCUUUCAAUUCUUGAAGGUAUAGCAGUAUUGUGUUGCACUGGUGGCAUUAACACUAGUGGACCGGUCAAUGUUCUGAACUUACUAAUGUCACAAUUGAAUAAUAGUCAAAUUCAAAUGUUGAGCCACCUCCAAAGAGAUAUUAGAACCCAAGCACUUUCAACCUUACAAAGAUCUCUUGUUUAUAGUUGUGAUUUCAGAUAUUCAUUCACUGCCAACCAAGAAGACUCACAAAAUCUAAAAUAUCUCCUCAAUGAUCAACUCUUAAUGAUGUGUAUGGAUCGUGUAUUGCUCAAGACAUUUUUCCAAACUCUUCUCACACUCAAACCAAAGACAACUGAAUAUCAAACCAAUCACAAUACAGAAAUGGAUAUUUCCUCUUUAGAAGAGCUUAGGGUCAGAGCCAACAACUUACUUGCUAGAAUAUUCCUGCACUUUUUACCAAGAAUGUUACCUGUGAAUAAUACUGAAAGUCAACAAGAUAAUGGUUUCUCUUCAUUGUGGCUCACCAUUCUUCAAGUUAUGUACAACUUUUUACUCGUCAAACCAAAGAGUGAUCAUUUGAGGGAGGCUCUUCCAGAAUUGUUGAAGAAUAUGAUACUUGUAAUGAAUAAUAUUGAAGUAUUCAGACUUUCUUCCAAAGAACUUUCUCAAUCUAUUCCAACCCUUUUGGAAGAUGUCAAACCAAGGAUAAUCAAUACCAUGACACAACCUGCUGCUAACACUAACAUUACAACACCUGUUGAUAGUAGUGCCACAAGCAGUUCACAAUCCAAUGCAACUACAAAUUAUGCAACUGAAUCAACAGCCACCACACCUAUUGCACAAGAUGAUAACCCAACAACAUCAACCGAAGCACCAUUUAAUUCGCAACAAGGAGUUCACACCUUAGGAUAG